UGUAGCCAUGCACGAGCGCUAAUCCGACAAGCAGCACCAACACCAAAAACAAAAGCGAGGUGGCCGAGUGCCCCCUCUUCCUCUGUGACCCAUUCGCCAUCACCCUACCUCUCUCUUCUCUCCCCCAUUCUCCUUCCGUGCGUGCUCUCCUGCAUGUUAUGCUGGUGAGAGAGGAGGGAGUGGUGGCUAGAGGUUGAAGAAGAGAGGGAGCAGCGGCGGGCCUGCCUUCCGAUGUGCUGCUACGUGGGCAAGGCCACCAAGAUCUUCCUGUGCCUCGUCGCGGCGCUCCUCGUCGCGGGCCUCGUCCUCGGCUUCGGCCUGGCCCGCCACACGUGGGGAGCCAACAGGGCCCAGACAGACUGCCGCUGGCCCGACUGCCAGCAGCAGGGGCCCGCGUACGGCGACCCGCUCCUGCCGGCCACCGCCGGCGCCGCCACCACGCCGCCGGCCAACCCGCUCACGCAGCCCGCCGUGGCUGCGUUCCCCGGUGUCGCUUCGUCGUCGUCGUCCUCCGCCUCAGCCGCCGCGCCCCCGCCCACGGGCGUGCCCUACUUUGGGCCGCCUGGGCCGUUCGUAGUGGGCCUCGGCCCGGCUGCUCACGCAUGAGGGGCUGAGGCAAAGCGAGUUGGAUUUUGACCUUUUUUUUCCAUUUGUUAGUUUCCUGGAUUUUAGCGUUUGAAUGCGAUUUAUUUCCUUUUUUGUAUUUCUACAUAGUUUGGAUUUGUUUCGCUGUACAAUUGCCUAAAUUACUCCGAACAUGUGCCUGUUGUU